CUAAAACUAAUGCCCGAUCUAAUUGUUAAAUGUUACGGUUGAUGAGGAAACGAUCUGCUUCGCUGGGCCGCCGGCUUCAGAUGUUUAAGAAAUAGUGAACUGCUAACUGCAGAGUCUAAUCCAGUCCGUCCAUGAAAAUGUAUUUCCGGCUUCUGCCUCUCUCAUGUGGAAUAAUUCAAAGGUCUCGGCUCCAAGAAAUUUGUACAAUCUUGAACUCGGUUAUUUUAGAAUCAGAAAUGUCGAAAUUUGUGCAUACCCAAGCGAUGGAUCUUCCGCCUCCGAGAACUAACGAGAGAAAGAUUCCUGAUUACAAGGAUGCUCUCCACAAGGAAGGCAAUGACGUGCGGAGGGACGGUUAUUUCCUCAUGAAACUCAUAGACGACUCUGUUUCGCAUAAUGGGUUCGAAUCUAUUGCUCUUAUUUUCUCCAAGUUUCGUAGUUCUAUUAAUUCUCAGCUCUGUAACUCGAUGAUCAGGGGUUAUUUGGAUUUGAAUAAGCAUUUAAAUUCACUCUACAUUUUCGCCCACAUGCAUAAAUUCAGUAUUCUGCCCGAUUCCUCCACUUUUCCUGCUGUUCUUAAAGCAACCGCACAGCUAUGUGAUACUGAAGUUGGAAAAAUGAUACAUGGUACUGUUAUUCAGAUGGGUUUUAUUCAUGAUGUCUACACAAGUACCGCUCUAGUUCACAUGUAUUGUGCCUGUUUGUCUAUAUCUGAUGCUUCUCGGGUGUUCGAUGAAAUGCCCGAGAGAAAUGCAGUUACUUGGAAUGCUCUUAUUACUGGUUAUACUCAUAAUAGAAAGUUUAUGGAAGCUAUCAAUGCUUUUCGAGGCAUGCUGGCAGCUGGAGCUGAACCGAGUGAGCGAACCAUGGUGGUAGUUCUAUCAGCUUGUUCUCAUUUGGGAGCUCUGAAUCAGGGAAAGUGGGUCCAUGAGUUUAUAUAUCAUAAUAGGUUGAGACUGAACGUAUUUGUGGGCACAGCACUUAUUGAUAUGUAUGCUAAAUGUGGGGCUGUUGAUGAGGCUGAGAAGGUCUUUGAAGAAAUUAGAGAGAAGAAUGUGUAUACAUGGAAUGUCUUGAUUUCUGGAUAUGCCAUGAAUGGACAAGGCGAUGCUGCUUUGGCGGCUUUUUCUAGGAUGUUGAUGGAAAAUUUCAAGCCAGAUGAGGUUACCUUUCUAGGCAUCUUGUGCGCAUGCUGUCACCAAGGUCUGGUCACGGAAGGGCGCAGGCAAUUCAUGAGCAUGAAACAACAUUUUGGACUGCAGCCAAAGAUAGAGCAUUAUGGGUGUAUGGUUGACCUACUUGGUCGAGCAGGAUUCUUGGAUGAAGCUCUAGAGUUAAUCCAAUCCAUGAGCAUGGAGCCAGACCCUAUCAUUUGGAGGGCUCUGCUUUGUGCUUGCAGAGUCCAUGGGAAUACAAAAUUGGGUGAAUAUACUAUCAGAAGACUUAUAGAACUAGAACCAAACAAUGGUGAGAAUUAUGUCUUGUUGUCAAAUCUUUACUCAAGGGAACAACGGUGGGCUGAAGUAGGGAAGUUGAGAGGAAUGAUGAGUCUCAGGGGGAUUGGAAAAGUCCCUGGUUGCAGUUCAAUUGAAAUAAACAAUGUAGUUUAUGAGUUUGCUGCAUCAAAUGACAGAAAACCAGAAUUUGAAGCAAUAUACAAGCAGUUGGAUAAUUUGAGUGAGAAAUUGAAAGAAAAUGGUUACGUUACAGGCACUGACAUGGCUUUAUAUGAUAUUGAGAAAGAAGAGAAAGAACAUUCUGUGAUGUACCAUAGUGAGAAACUUGCUUUAGCAUUUGGUCUCUUAAACUCUCCUUUGGGUUGCACCCUAAGGAUAGUGAAAAAUCUGAGAAUUUGCUUGGACUGCCAUGAAUUUUUCAAGGUUGUAUCGAUUGUCUAUCAAAGAUAUAUUGUUGUGAGAGACAGAAACCGUUUCCACCAUUUUUCUGAAGGUUUUUGUUCGUGCCGAGACUACUGGUGAAUAAUUAAAUGUUAUAGAACUAUUUCUUCGACAUGAUGGAAAUCACGCAAAUCAUCUGGAUCAACAUGAUACCAUUGGCUUUUUGUGAAAAAAUGAAGAAUUCUGAAAUUGGGCAGCCAAACUACUCAGCCAUUGUUCAAGCCGCCAUACUUAGUUGGCAUGCCUAAGAAACAACUGCAUUCCAUACCAAACAAAAUAGUACAUUUACUAAUUUGUAAUAUUUUAUAGAACCCCAAUUCAAUUCUGAAGUUCUAUUAAA